GUAAAAUGAAAUAUUAAUUUUAAUUUAUUUCUAAAACGUGUCGACUUUUUUCCUUCAACAUGACGGAAAGUGGUGCUAUGUCUAAUCGAAUUUUAUUUAUGAUUGAAUCCAUUUUUAAAAAUAAUAAGCACCUACAAGAGUUUACAAUAAUUCCUACUGAAGAAAAUUCAACAAAUACAUCUCCUCUUCACUAUAGAUACAACAAUAUAGGAUUAGAAUCAUGGUGCAUAAAACACUUAUUCCAGCAUGCCUGUUCAGUAUUAUUUAAACAAAGAUAUUUAUUAUCAAAACGAAAGGUCCUUUAUGAGGAAAUGGAGGAGCUGAAUAAAUAUUUAAUAGGAGCUCUCCUUAUAAAUCCAGAUAUUGGUACAUUUUGGAACAUGAAGAGAGAAUUAGUAGAACAAGAAGUUCUGGAUGAGAAAGAUGAGUUGUACUUUUGUAAAAUUGUUUUGAGCAACAAACCAAAAUCAAACGAGUCAUUUGCAUAUAGAAGAUGGUUGUUGAAAAGAUUGAUAAAAAAUGUACUAACAACAUAUAGUAAAGAAGAAGCUAUAUCGUUUUUACAAAAUGAAUUUACUACAAUUGAUGUUGCUUCUGAAAAAGCCCCCAAUAACUACCACAGUUGGAAUCAUAGAAUAUGGUGUAUGGAAAACAUUGCUUCAAACUACUUCAAUUUCGGUAGAAUAAUUUACUCCGAAUUACUAUACAGCGAGAACUGGAUCAACACCCAUGUGUCUGAACACGCAGGAUACCAUUAUCGCCAAUACCUUAUAAAAUUAGUAAAAAAACAUAAGAACCUCAAAGUAAUGGACUCCUUUUUUCAGUAUGUCAUACAAAAUCAUGCAAACACAGUAGGUGAAUGUGAAUAUGGUAGUCUCCUUACUUAUCUAAUGGGAAACCCUUAUAAACCCCAUUUGGUGGAAAAAACCUCAUCUUAUGUGAAUCUUAUCUGUAUACUUCUCCACGAUCUUCAUUUUGUUGGUAGAUUAAAUAAAACAUACCCGGAACACGAAGCCCUCUUUACCCAUAGGAGAUUUAUUGUACAUCAUCUCCUUAAGGUGCAAUGUGAUUACCUCGGAGUUGAAUUUAAAAUAAAAAUAAAUCAGGACAAAGAGUUUAACAUUGUCGAUGGAAAGAACAUUACCGAUUUGGAUACUGCAGCCAAUAUCCAGACUGAUGUCGAACCUAAUAGAUUGCCAAAUAUGUUUAGUGUUACAAUGAGCAAAACAGAACGAUCCAAUCUGUACGAAAUCCUUUUAAACAGCGAGAAGACUUUUGCUUCUCAUAACGGUAGUGUUUUCCAGCUGGCCAAAUAUAAAAAGUGGUUGACUAAUGUGGUAGGAUUUGAGUGAACAGUCGCUUGAAAUAUAUUGGUAGGUCAUUUUAGAAUUAGCGCAGAUUAUUGGAUCAUAGAGUUGCCAGUUCAUAUAAGGUUAUGUAUUGAGUUUUUGGUAAUAAUACAGUAGUUUACAAACAUUAUAUUUGCCCCGCUAGAUAAAACGUCAAAUCUAUACAAUUUUCGAGUAGAUAUACAACAGGUCCUGUAGCGCAGCUUCAUUUAAUGGAUAGGAGCUGACCUCACAAUUUCAGUAGAUCUGGGAAAUUUUACUUUUGGUGAAGGCGCUGUUAUUAAUUAUUCAAUUUUAUUUAUUUUGAUGACGCGUGACCUUGCCUUCGAUUGCUGCGAAGAACAGAUGAAUAGCGACUCCAGGGAGUAUGUUCACACCGCAGUUAAAAUGAGUGGCAUUUAAAUAAACUAACGUUUACCAAUUCUUUGAGUAGAUGGCACGUACAUCAUAUUAUAUUUUGAUUUUUUCGAAAUUUAAUUCUUUGAACAGCGACAUUGUUGCCAACGAGAUCAAGUACUGGGACUUAUAAUAUAAUGUACGAUCGGUAGAAUCGGUACAGUUCGCUCUCAAUCGGCAGACUUCUUCAAUUUAAGUUGAAAUGAGCUAUUAUGUGAAGUUUCACAAAUUUUUGGAUUGGAUCAUUCGAUAUAAUUUUUUAAUUUUUGUAUAGUGUUGUGUUGUUCAUUUACCUUUGAAGUUGUUGCAGCUUUAAUUUUUACGGUUUUUUUUUAAGAGAGAAACAUUUUAAAUAGUGCAUAUCAGUCUUGUUUCCUAUUUAAAUUAAAAAAUUAAAUUUCAAGUACAAAACAAUACUUUUAAUGAAAAUAUACACCUGUAAACCUCAUAAUUUCUUAACCAGCAGCGGACGCUAAGGGCUGAUCAGUUCUUUGUAUUUUACGUUUUUCUUGGUAACAAGGCUAUUGAAUUUAUAUUUAUUUUUAGCCCUAAACGAAAACCUUCCGUUGCUAAAUAAAACAAAUUUGUUGCUAAAUACUUUCACUCUGUAAAAAUCAUAUAUACUUCAUCUAAUUUAGAUAACGACUUACGUCAUUAUCUACGUCAGAGAUCGAAGUUGACAUAGUUGCCGAAGUAUAAAAAAAUCCUGACUCCAUUUUUAAUCAAAUAGAUUACAUAAUUAUUGCAAAAGUAUUACCAUCUCUUUACAACGACUAUUUAAAUUCUUACGUGACAUUUUUGAAAUAAAAC